CGCAGCAUGAGCCAGGCCGAGCUGUCCACCUGCCCGGCGCCGCCGGCGCAGCGCGUCUUCCAGGAGGCCGUGCGCCGCGGCAACGCGCGCGAGCUGCGCUCGCUGCUGCAGAACAUGCGCGGCUGUGAGGUCAACGUGAACUCGUUCGGGCCCGAGGGCCAGACGGCGCUGCACCAGUCGGUCCUCGCGGGCAACCUGGAGCUGGUCAAGCUGCUCGUCCAGUUCGGCGCCGACAUCCGCCUGGCCAACCGCGACGGCUGGAGCGCGCUGCACAUGGCGGCGUUCGGCGGCCGCCAGGACAUCGCGCUCUACCUCAUCACCAAGGCCAAGUACGCCGCGGGCGGCCGGUGACGCCCGCGCCCCGCACCGCGCCGCACUUCCCGCCAACU